UCAACAUUUGCUACCAAAUCAGGCAUACGGCAUAGUUCGAGUGUGGCUUAUUAAUUUAACAAGUGCAAAGUAAAAUAUAUUUUUAAAAAAAUGAAAGUGUUUGUUGUUUUAUCGUGCAUUGCUUUGGCUGUAGCCAAGCCACAAGGAUAUUCAUACAAUCAACCAUCAUCGUCAAGCUUUGGUGGAUCACAUAAUUUUGGUGUUAGUGCUCCAUCAGUUGGAUUGAGCACACCUGGAUUCGCUGCAGCACCAUCAUUCACUGGAUCAGCUCCAUCAUCAUCAUCUUUUUCGGGUAGCUCUUCAUUCGGUUCAUCAUUCGGCUCAUCUGGUUCUUCGUUCGGUGGAGCUCAACCAUCAUUCUCAUCUGGUUCCUCGUUCGGUGGAGCUCAGCCAUCAUUCUCAUCUGGUUCCUCGUUCGGUGGAGCUCAGCCAUCAUUCUCAUCUGGUUCCUCGUUCGGCGGAGCUCAGCCAUCAUUCUCAUCUGGUUCCUCGUUCGGCGGAUCGUUUGCUCCUCAACCACAACCUCAACAAGCUCUUAUCCAAAAACACAUUUACGUUCAUGUUCCACCACCACAAGAAGAUGAGUUCGCCCAACCACACAACGCUGUUGCCCCAGUUCAAGCUCAAAAACACUACAAAAUUAUCUUCAUUAAGGCUCCAUCAGCACCAUCGGUGAGCGCACAACAACUUCAACAAUUGGCUCAACCACAAACCGAAGAAAAGACCCUCGUCUAUGUUCUUGUGAAAAAGCCAGAAUCAGUUUCGGAAUUGACUCAAAACCUUCAAGCAGCUCCAACUCAACCAUCAAAACCAGAGGUUUACUUCAUCAAAUACAAGGCCCAAAAAGAGCAAUCUUCACUUCCAGUUCAAUCUGGUUCAGCAGAAGCAUCAUUGCCAAUUCCAGCUCCAUCAUUUGUUCCAUCAGCACCAGCCCCAUCAUUCGGUCCAUCAGCACCAGCAGUGCCACAUCACAAACCAUCACCAGUUUAUGGACCAGCUCAUUAAUUGAUUUACAAACAUUGAUCCCAUUGAUAUUUGUGAUCGGCUUGAAUGCAUUGAAUACCAUUACCAUUUUCAAUGUGUUCGAAAGCAAAAGAACUCUUGUUAAAAAUAAAACUCGUAGACUAAGAUUAUUGUUAUAAAAUUGUUAGUGAAAAAAAACAACAAUGAUGCAAAGUUAAAAUAAAAUAUUUAAGCGGUGACAAAAUAAACUG